GUUAUUUCCUUUUCGAAAAACUUUAUAGCGUUGAGUUUUUAUUUACUUUUUACGAAAGCAGCGGCAUUGCGGGUGGUGUGCGUUAACCACGCCCUCACUGACUGACAGUCUAUCAGUGCCACACUCUCCUCCCUGAAACUCUCGAGAGCCAACUCCUGCAGAAACUUCACUGACUUCACUUCAGAAUCGUCUCGUGUUUGUGGAGUCACGCCGGAUUGCGCGAUACUUCUUCGGACUACACAUGGAGAGUGAACUGAGAACCUGACGGGUCUUGUCACUGUGGUUUUUGUCCAAAGAUGGCCAGGUAUAACGUAUGCUACCAUGAAAAGCCCAUGGGCUUUUUCUACAACAACAGCAACAUAACCUCAGAUGAAUGGGACCAAACGCAGCUCAUCCUGGUUCAGGUCGCUGGAUCCAUCUGCUGUUGUUUCAUCAUAAUGGCCAACGCCAUGAUCAUUGCGGCAGUGGGGACAAACAGGAGGUUUCACUUCCCCUUCUACUAUCUCCUCGCCAACCUUGCCGCCUCAGACUUUCUCGCUGGGAUCGCUUACGUGUAUCUCAUGUUCAAUACAGGGAAAAUAUCUCGCGAGCUCACCGUUCACGGCUACUUCUUUCGGCAGGGUUUGCUGGACACGAGUCUCUCCGCGUCUCUGACCAACCUCCUGGUGAUCGCCCUCGAGCGCUACAUCUCCAUCAUGAACUGGAAGGUUCACAGUAACCUCACCAAACGGCGCGUGACCCUGUUGAUCGCCCUUGUGUGGGGUAUAUCUCUAUUCAUGGGGGCCGUUCCUAGUUUGGGCUGGAACUGUAUCUGCAGUCUGGACCUGUGCUCCACAUUGGCACCCAUCUUUAGCCGGAGCUACCUGAUCUUCUGGUCUGUGUCCAACCUGGUUCUCUUCCUCAUAAUGGUGGGCAUAUACUUGAGGAUAUACAUCUAUGUGACGAGAAAGACUGUUGUCCUGAAUGCACACACUUCUAGAUCUAUUCAGCGGAAGAGGACGCCAAUCAAGCUCAUCAAAACUGUGAUGACCGUGCUUGGAGCAUUUGUGAUCUGCUGGACCCCAGGACUUGUGGUUCUGCUCAUGGAUGGACUCAAUUGCGAGGAAUGCAAAGUACUGAAAUUCAAACGCGGGCUGCUGCUCCUCGCCGUCCUCAACUCCGUCAUGAACCCGAUCAUCUACUCCUACAGAGAUGAGGAAAUGUGGACCACUAUCAAGAACCUGAUGCGCUGCGUUUGCAGCGGGACGAGGCGACAGAGGUCAUCCAGGGCCAACAUUCAGCGCAACUCUGGUCGGGAGACUAACAGUAGCCUGAAAGAGAACAACGCAGAGGACAGCAAGGUCUCCACAACGGAGAUACUGACAUCUUGAAGGUGGGCCGGGUUCGUUUUGGACUCUGUGAGAGCCAUUUUUAUCAUCCUGAUGUGCUAUUGCUCCUGAAUUCUACUACAGUCUGCCCUCAGAGAUGAAAAGUUAGAGCAGAACUCAAAGGGAAUUUAAUGACAGUGCAAAGCAAUGCAUUAUUUCUACCAUUUACAGUGAUAGUCACCCACAUAAACGCCUCCAUGCAGCAUGUUUGAGUAUGUGCACGACCCACCACGUCACGUCUCCCACAGCAAGGCACUUGUAAAGUUUCACUUUUCCUCAUUAAUUCAUCUUCUGACCAUUUUCCCAGAUCCUCAGCAGAUUUCGUUAGUUUACUGUACUGCCAUAAAUCUGUGUGAAUCUACAUUAUUUUUUAUGUAUAAUGUACUGUUUAAGAGGAGUCUGACAUUUUUUUUUACAACUUUAAAUUGAUGUAUAUAGUAUGUAGAUCAUAUGUUGACUUGAUGUAGAUAUUAAUGGAAGCGUUUGAGAGAUUUCAUAUGCAUUUCAUUUUCAUAGUCUUCAUGUGAGAGAAUUCGUUUUUAAAAGAUUUACUGUAUAUAGUUGAACAUUACAUUUAAAUUUUGAUUAUGUAAUACAUGAAUAAGUGCUCAAAUAUGCCCAUGUAAAUACAUAUCAGUACUUCUUAUUUGUUUUGUUUUUGUGGUUUCAUGUCUAAAGAAUUCCCAUUAUUCAAUAUUACACAAUUCUAAUUGUACAAAAUGUUGCUUAUUUCAUAUAUGUAUAUACCAAUGCACUCACUGUGAGUGGGAGUAAAACAUAAACAAAAUCUCUAAA